GAUAGCACAUCUGCAGUCAUCGUGGAUUGUUAUGAACUGUGGAAGCAGUGAGGCGAGACUGUAUAAAGACAUGUAACGCUGCUCUUAAUAUAUCAACAGGCAUGUGUUGAUCCAUCAAACUAUGGCAAACCGGUGAAAGGCCCCCCUCCCUCCCGUCACGGUGCUCCCACGGUGUCUCUGCUGCCAUGGAGGUGGGCAGCCUCCCCGUGGAGCUGUGGAGAGUGAUCUUGGCCUAUCUUCCGCUCCCUGACCUGGGCCGCUGCUGCCAGGUGUGCCGCGCCUGGCGGGAGCUCAUCCUCUCACUAGACAACACCCGCUGGAGACAGCUCUGCCUGGGCUGCCCCGAGUGCCGACACCCGAACUGGCCCAGUCAGCCCCAGCAGGAGCCCCCGUCCUGGAGAGAGGCUCUGAAGCAACACGCCCUGUCCACCCGCACCUGGACUCAAAACGGACCAGAGCUCCAGUCCUCUGCCUGCCUCCUCUUUUUCCGUCGUCGGAAAGACCGCAGGGUUUGGCAUGUGGGGCCUGGAUGCGAGUUUGAGACCCUGCGCGGGGCCCUCGGGGUGGUGGGGCCAUAUGACCGUGUGGUUCUUCACCCAGGGGUGUAUGAGGAGCAGGCUGAAUUGGCGCUAAAGGUGCCUGUGGAGCUUGUUGGGCUGGGUCGACUGGGCGAGGUGGCCCUCCUGGUGUGUAUGGAGCAGCAGUGCCCUACUGCCCGGCUGUGUAAUCUGGUGUUCAUGCCACCCUGGUUCUCCACUGUGGUCUACAAGACGUCUUGGGGUCACGUGCAACUAGAUAACUGCAACUUUGAGGGGGCUCAGUUGCAAAUCCGUGGCCCAGGAACCUGCCAGGCUCGCUUCUGCUCCUUCUCACAGGGCAGCUCUGCCCACUUGCUAGGCGUUGUUCUCAGUUUGUUGGACAGCUGUGACUUCUCAGGAAGUGACACAGCUUCUGUCACCGUUGAAGGUCCUCCAGUGUCGGAAAGAAACUGGGCUUGUAAACAUUUAGCUGCCCUUUCUAGGACGUUUCCAUCAUGUGGCGCAUCUAUGAACAAUAGCCCUCCCAGAGGCCCUCUGGCCAGCUCCGUUGAUGUGCAUCAACCUCCAGGUGGUAAUGUGAAAAAGGAGCAUGUGAGCAUAGAAGACUGGCAGAGGAGGACCGGGGUAGAUACAGUGUGUCAGGGCACGGUGAUUGAAGAUGGCUGGAGUGAUGGUGACCGCAGCGAAGGAGAGGAGGAGAACCGAGAUGAAGGAGGAACUAACAACACCAAAAACCAAUUUAUACUGGAUUACAAAAUCCCUUGUGAACAUCAUGGCCUAUCCCAUUUGCUCAAGCCGCGGCCAGAUGGCUCUCUGCCACCAGCAUCCUCCCCGGAUCCACCAUCUGUGACCCCUGAGCCCCUCACCCUUCAGCAGGAACUAGACAGGGACCCUGAGGCUCAGAUGUUGGCAGCCUCCACCCUUGGCUGUAUCCUCAGACGCUGCCUCUUCAGGGAGGGGAAGGGUGGCGUGCAUUUGUCUAAUUAUGGACAAGCUCGAUUGGAGGGCAAUGUUUUCCGUGGGCUCAACUAUGCUGUCCGCUGUAUCCAGAACUCCACAAUAGUGAUGCUGAGGAACGAGGUGUGCGAGUGCCGUGCAUCAGGUGUCUUCCUGCGCCUCUCUGCUCAGGGCCUCAUCGCAGAAAACAACAUCCACUCCAACGGGGAGGCGGGGCUGGACAUCCGUAAAGGGGCUAACCCCAUUAUUGUGUGCAACAAAAUACAUAGCGGUUUGCGUUCAGGGGUUGUUGUCCUUGGCAACGGAAAAGGUUCAAUUCGGAGCAACCAGAUCUAUAACAACAAGGAAGCGGGCGUGUAUAUUCUCUUCAGUGGGAAUCCUGUGGUCAGUGGGAAUCACAUCUUCCAGGGCCAGGCAGCAGGGAUCGCUAUAAACGAGAAUGGCAGAGGGAUGAUAACAGAGAAUGUGAUCAAAGAGAACCAGUGGGGGGGUGUGGACAUCCGCAGAGGAGGUGACCCAAUCCUGAGGAACAACUACAUCUGUUAUGGCUACUCCGACGGCGUCGUGGUGGGAGAGCGAGGCCGCGGACUCAUCGAGGGAAAUCAUGUUUACUGUAACAAAGGCUGUGGUGUGUGGGUGAUGUCAUCCAGCCUCCCGCAGCUCCUGGGAAACUUCAUCACCCAUAACUGUAUGUAUGGGCUGGCAGUGUUCUGCAGGAAGGACCCGGAGAACAUCGAGGCCAGGGAGGGGAACUGGCCAGGGCAGGAAGGGAUUGGUGGGGAAGCAGGCAACGGGGAAAGGAGGGGGGUGGAAGGAGAAGGGAGAGAGGGGCAGGAGAACCUGAAUGAAGAGGGGGACCUGUUUGCAUGGGAGAGUGAUCUGGACAGUGAGGAUGAGCGCCACUCUGCCCGUCGUUCCAUCAGUGUGGCCCUGGUGGAGAGCAACUGCAUGAGCUACAAUGGAGCGGUCGGUCUAUAUGUGAAGAGCAGCGAACCCUUGAAUGUUUUUGCUAAUCUUGUAAACAGUAAUCACGGCACUGGCAUAGCUGUGCUGCAGAGCAGUCAGAUGAGCCGACUGGUUACAAACUGCAUUCUUGAAAACGGUCGAGGCGGUGUUACGGUGGAGAAAGACUGUCGAGUGGAGCUUCGUGGUAACGGCAUUUAUAAAAACAGCGGCCAUGGUGUCAGUUUCAGUGGUAACGGGCAGAUUGCUGAGAAUGAUGUGGUUGGAAACCGUGGAUCUGGGAUCCAAGUCACUGGGAGUGCUGAUAUCAAGGUAUUGCGCAACCGUGUCCAACCAGCACAGGGCUGUGGCGUUGCCGUGCUAGGACCAGUCAAAGGUGUCGUCCAUGACAAUGUCUUGUUCCAGGGCCACCCUGGAAAUAAAAAGACACUGUUACAUAUGGAUCCUGGUAAUGAGAGCUGUGUGUCGCGGAACAACAGCGUUCUAAGGCAUAAUAACAGCUGUAAAUCUGCUCCUCCGUUGGUUUUGGAAAACCCUCCACCUCGUCCGCUGGCCACCUCCCCAUCUGGCUUCUCCUCAUCCCAAUAUCCUUCCAGACUCGGAAUUUCCAUGACGACCAGGAUCAGCGCCACCGUAGAGAGUGGUUGCCACAGUGGCAGCAUGUUCUGCUCCAUCCUGUGAAUGCUGGCAAGCACUUAAAAAAACAAUAUGAAUCAUGUUCCAAAGAGGUCAGCAUCUGAUGGCUUUUGCAAUGGCGGUCAGUCAUUUGGAGCACUUCUUCAGAAAACACCUUCCAAAACAAUACCCUCUUGUUGAGGUGUAAUACCUGUCCAGGAAGAGGCUGCUCGGAGUCGAACCACUAAAAGGGGCCACCGCCCUGCCAGCACAUUAGGAUGGAACAACAUUUUGUAAACCUGAAAUUAGACUUUUAUAAUUGUACGAUCAAAUGCCAGUGCACUCAAAUAUGAAGAAUGUAGUGAAGCUGGAGCUCAAAAACGCUCAAACAUCAUGAUUCUUAAAACAUUUUCAUACUGAAGCUUUAACUUAGUUUUGUUGUUUACCAUUUCAUAUAUUCAUGUACAGACCUGCUGUAGACUUUGUUGGUUUGGUCAGUUUGCUUCUGGGACUCGCUGGUUGGGAAGUGCACAUUUUUAUAAAUCCUAGCAGGAGUCAAAGACUUCAGAGAUGCCAGCUUCAAUCAUGCUACAAAGUAAAGCUGUGCCUUGUUGGACUUUUUAUUCAAUCAGUGAUGAAAGCUAGGGGAGAGGUUGUCAUAGUGGGAUGUAUAUGCAAAAAAAGCAGAAAAACAAAGCCAAACUUAAGCAUAUGCCUCUUGCACAGAACCAUUUCCUGAUGAGUCUGUUUUUAAAAUGUGAUGCACCUCAGCUUUGUUUGACUCCAUUAAACUCAGAAAGGGAGAAAAAUUGUCAUUCCACACAGACUCACCUGGUAAUAGCCAGUUCUCGAAGGAAAAGUGAUAUUCAGUGUGCAAUAUGUGCUGUCUACAAAUGUGCCUAUAUGUUUUUAUUGUCUGUGCUAGAUGCUUUCUGCCAUCUAGAAUUUGUUUACAGCUCAUUCAUCACUCCGCUUAUUUCUUUUGCAUCUUGCACAGUAAGCAAUAAGUAACAAUAUCAUGUACAACUCAGAAGUUCACCACUUUAUUGGUCUACAAAAUACAUUAAUAAACGCUUCUUGUUUGUGA